AUGCGUUUAUUCAAGCCGCUGCUGAAGAAGUUGUUAGAGAGUCGAGUUUCUAUGGCAGUGCACGUUCCCAUUGGGGACCAGAGUACAGAAAAUUUAGCUGUGGAAUUACUGAAAACGGGCGGAGUGAUUGCGGUACCUACGGAUACGGUUUAUGGACUGGCAUGUGAUGCGACGAACAUAACCUCCAUUGAUAAAUUGUACACGAUUAAAUGUAGAAACGAGGAGAAACCCGUCGCUAUCUGCUUGGGUAAAGUCAGUGAAGUGAAAACUUGGGCGAAAGUUGAGCAUUUGCCCAAAGGUUUACUCGAGGCACUUUUACCAGGACCCGUUACUCUCAUUCUAACCUGCGCUAAUAAACUGGACAAAUCCUUGAGCUUUCACGGGAAAGUUGGAAUCAGGAUCCCGGAUUAUCAUUUCAUUCGUGCGCUAGCAGUGGGUUUAGGGCGACCGCUAGCUUUAACUAGUGCGAACUUGAGCAACGAACCCAGUUCGUUGACAGUUGAUGAAUUUAAACCCUUGUGGGGUAAACUAGAGUCUGUUUUUGACGGCGGUAACUUAGGAGAGGAUACGAAGAGACGGGCGUCCACGGUCGUGGAUUUGUCAGAAUUUGGAAUUUUUACUAUAGUUCGACCAGGGGUAGCAGCAUCAAAAACAGUAUCAACUCUACAUAAAUUCGGUUUGAUUAAUAAACAUGAAUAA